AUGCGCACUUCCCUGAUCGAAGAUGCAUGGGAUUCUGUGAAAUUUGCUUUAACUCUUGGUGAAAUAAUCAAACCUUUUGUGCCGUUGUUUGCCGAAGUUUCAACAAUUACAAAAGAAAUCAUCAAGGCAUAUGAUGACGCGCAGUAUAACAAAAAAAGUUGUUCUACAUUAAUUGAUCGAGUCCAAGCUGCAGACAUUGCCGUUCAAGCUUUGAAUAGGCGCAAAGAUGAGAAUGAGGAAAAAUUUAAAAACGAAAGAUUUUAUAUUUCCUUUGAAAGGUUCGUAGCCAUUUUGAAACAGGUUAGAACUUUUGUACAAGAUGUUACACGCCUUUCAGGAUACCAAAAAUUCAUUUCGAGUGCCAGUAUUAAAGAAAGAUUCGCGCAAAUCACUGGAGAAUUUGAUUCUUGUGUAUCAGAUUUAAAGCUUGCUAUGAUAAUUUCUAACGAAGAGCAAAGACAAAGAGACUUUCAAAUACUUGAAGAAGAUCUAGCAGAAAUGGCAAAGUUUAUAGAAUCAAUUGAUGGAGGUGUUACAACGAUGAUGAACGUAGGACAUGAAAGUUUCAAGGGUAUCAGUACUAUUCUCAAGGAAGUUCGAAUCAUGAACGAAAAGGUUGAACUUUUGAUACCCUCUAGUGGACGAUUAACAUCCAGGACUCAAUCGGCGGUCAACAUAAAUGAGGAUUUUCAACCGACAAAUAUUGAUCCUAAUGAUCUAGAAGAUGUCCCCGAACCCGAAAAUAAACGCGGCAAGGUUAUAAAAAAGCAUCUCAAGAAACAAUUGAGUGAUGUCUGUUGCAAGCCCAUAAAUCUUGAUGUCGAGAAAAGCGAGAAACAACGGAUUCAAGCACAACUGGCCAUUCUUGGAAAAUUACAACAAUCACCACAAGUCAUUAAAUUUUGGGGUCUCUCAAACGUUAAUAACGAUACAGUUUUAGUAUAUGAAUGGGCACAAUAUGGAACUUUGAAAGAAGUAUAUGAAAAAUUUGAACUUGACUGGCAUCGCAAAUUAAAGAUCGCUAUAGACAUUUGCCGUGGAAUUGCUUUCUUACAUGGAUGUGAGAUAUUUCAUCAUGACAUUCGAUGUGCUAAUAUAUUGUUAACAGAAAAGAUGGAACCCAAGAUUACAAACUUUGAAUUUGCUAGAGUUCAUCAAGAAAAAUCAAUUAAAAUCAAAAACAUAAUAAAUGUUCUGUACUGGAUGGCCCCAGAAAAAAUGAAGUAUCAUAAAGCUGUGAGUGAAAAGAAAUCAUCGGCUCAUGUUCCAUACACAGUUCAGUGUGAAAUCUUUAGUUUUGGAAUGCUUCUCUGGGAACUCGCAUUUCAAAGAAUUCCAUAUGCUAACAUGGAGAUGACAAAAAUUCUGGAACACGUGGUAAAUGGAAAAAGGGAAAGAUUUGAUUUUGGGUUGUCUCCAACUUCACUUCAAUAUAAUUUUCAAACAAUCAUUCAAGCCGCUUGGCAACAUGAUCCAUCACUUCGUCCAGAUGUAAAAUAUUUAUUCAACAAAUUGGAUAGCCUUUUCAAAGAGAAUUUUGCUAUGGUCAAUUCUCCACUACUCAGGCCUCGAAAACCAAAAGAUGUUGAUUCGAUCACCGAUUUUGUCAUAAAAGAAGAAUUUUACAUAAAAGAUGAUAUUCCAUUUGAACCUCUGUUACCGCUCGAACAAGGAAUAAAAGCCCACAGAAAAGGUGAGCAUGAGAAGGCAUGGAAAUGUUUUGAGGGGCAUGCUGAUAUAGAUAAUCCAAUAGCAAAGUAUUAUAAAGCGUAUUACCUUUGGGAUGGUAUUCAUGUGACAGAAAAUAAAGAUAUUGCCCUGAAAUUAUUUAAAGAGACGGCAGAUCGAGGAGUUACCGAAGCUCAAUUAAGAUAUGCAUUUGCGUUGGCCGAACGGGUAAAGCCACUAGACAGUGCUGCUUUUGUAAAGUAUUUGACUUUAGCGGCUAAUGGAGGAAAUGUUGUGGCCCAAUACAAUCUUGGAGAUUUAUACAUUAAUGGAAAAUUAGGAUUUAAUAAGGAUGAGACGAAGGGAAUCGAAUAUCUGAGGUUGGCAGCUUUCGGAGAGCAUGAAAAAGCGAUCAAACUUUUACAGCAUUUAAAUAUCGAUAUAUAUAAAUCCUAA